UCCUGCGUGUGAAGUACGCGGAAGCUACAGGCGGAGGGAGCUUCGACGGAAGCGGUCUGGUCUGUCAAGGGAGGAAAAGGUUUUCACCCGAUAUUUGACACAAAGCGGUUUAAUCCUACCAAAUAGCACCGGCAUCCGCUGCGAUGAUCCUCUUAGAAAUUAAUAACCGCAUCAUAGAAGAGACGCUGACGUUGAAGUUCGACGGCGCAUCCAACGGAACUAAACCUGAGGCCGUCGAUGUGACGUUCGCUGAUUUCGAUGGCGUCUUGUACCACAUCUCCAACCCCAACGGGGACAAGACCAAAGUGAUGGUCAGCAUCUCCCUGAAGUUCUACAAGGAGCUACAGGAGCAUGGCGCUGACGAGUUACUCAAGAGGGUGUAUGGAAAUUUCCUGGUUUCAACAGAGGCUGGCUACAACGUGUCCCUGCUCUACGACCUCGAGGCCCUGCCGGCCAACAAAGACGAGGUCGUUCACCAGGCGGGGAUGCUGAAGAGGAACUGCUUCGCUUCGGUGUUCGAGAAGUACUUCAAGUUCCAGGAAGAAGGAAAAGAAGGCGAGAAGAGGGCCGUGGUCCACUACAGAGAUGACGAGUCCAUGUACCUGGAGGCCAAGAAAGACAGAGUGACGGUCGUGUUCAGCACCGUGUUCAAAGACGACGACGACGUCAUCAUCGGGAAAGUCUUCAUGCAGGAGUUUAAAGAGGGUCGGAGAGCCAGCCACACGGCCCCCCAGGUGCUCUUCAGCCACAGGGAGCCGCCUCUGGAGCUGAAGGACACAGACGCUGCCGUCGGGGACAACAUCGGAUACAUCACCUUCGUGCUGUUUCCUCGUCACACCAAUGCCAAUGCCAGAGACAACACCAUCAACCUCAUCCACACCUUCAGGGACUACCUGCACUACCACAUAAAGUGCUCCAAGGCCUACAUUCACACACGGAUGAGAGCCAAGACGUCGGACUUCCUCAAGGUGCUGAACCGCGCUCGACCCGACGCCGAGAAGAAAGAGAUGAAGACCAUUUCUGGGAAGACUUUCUCCCGCUGAGGCCGGCCGUCGCUGGACAGACCCGAACCCCGGCGGACACGCUCAGCCGCGCCACAAAUCUGACUUCAACGCCACAUUGGACAGGACUUCAGGACGUCCCCCCACCCUUCGCCUCGCCUCCCACCCAAAAAGGAAAAAAAAAAAAAAAACAUCCAGCUUUUCUUUAAGUUUUUUUUUUUUUAAGAUUUAUUCCUGUUUUCGGAUGAGUAAUAAAGUCUGCUCUACACAAAGAAAGUUAAAGAUAAAUGGGAAAAAAGAAAGAAAAGGGGCAUUCCUUGCUUUUCAUUGUUAAAGAGAAUUAUUAGUCCUAUAUAAAUAUAUAUAUGAACAAAAUGAAUGAAACUUUUGAUACGAUAUUUUACUCCAUUUGGUACUCUUGCUUGCCCCCCCUCCUCCCUUCACCAUGCAUCAUCCACAUGUUGGAUGAUUGAAAUUUCCUCUCUGUGCUUUCAUGUCGUCUGAAAAAUAAAACACUCUUAAAAAAGAAGAA